AUGCACGUGGAUAUCGACAUGCCGGGGCUAACUCGAGCGAAGCCCGCCUCGUCCUCCUCCACCUCACCCUCCUACGCCGUGCUCCUAUCUGGGACUCACGUCACAGGCAAGGAGACACUCGCAGUCUCCCUAUCAAAUGCGCUGGGCUGCCCCUGGAUCAAGGCUGAAAUGGCCCACAACGCCGCAACCUUCGGGGCGCGGUCCCAGGCGAAGCGGGGCUUUGACUACGGCAAGGUCUUCGAGCGGAUCUGGUCGUCCAAGCUGCUGCGGCUGGGCUUCCUGGCGAGCAAUAAUGAGCCAGAUGCCGGCGAAGAGCCCAGGCCAGGGGCCGAGGCGCUUGGGAGGGAGGUGCCCGAUGGGACAACACAGCAGCAGCAGAAAUGCGCCGCGGUCAUCUCCCUGUACCACAUGCGCAAGCCCGCGCGGGAUGCUAUCCGCGACGCCAUGCUGGCUCAGUCCGUCAAGCCCGUGUUCGUCAUCCUGCAUAUCACGGAGGAGACCCUCUCUGGGAGGACGCCAGGUGCGGAGGAGCCGCGGCUGGCUGAGAGGAUCAUGGCGUACAAGGUUGCGGACAUCCAGGAGCCGCUUGAGGAGGAGAGAGACGUCAUCUUGGUGGACUCAUUGCGGGAUGUGGAUGCGUUGUUCCCAGAGAUCAUGGAGAGCGUUGCGCGGCAGCUGCAGAUUGUUCUGAAGCGCCUCAUCGCUGGGAUGAGGAGAUUAUUCCUCCCACAAUCGGCUUCCAUCCCUCACCAGCUCCGGAAGGCCCUGCUCUAUUCCGCGUCGCGCGGCCACUUCUCGUCGCCAUGUGUCUCCUCAUCCCGCCAUGAACGAGAGCUGUUCUCGUCAUCCUCAACAAACGCCCUUGAUGCCGCGCAGGCCUCAGAGGCCGGCAGUGGCUCGCACAACGCACAGGAACCCGAUGGGCAGGAUCACGACAGGAACAUACGCGAGCAAGACAAGUCCCGGACCAUCGCGGCGCCCCCGCCCAGGCUCCCAUACCGGUUCGAGACGGGCAUUUCCCUCUUCGCCAAGCGCGCGCCGAGGCCCUUCCCUCCUCCCUUCCUCUCCCCGCCCUCGGGCUCCUUCAGCGAUCCCCUCAGCACGCAUCACCAGAGCCGCGACCGCCGGCCCAAGGUCAACGGCCAGCUGAUCACGGGGUGGACGAACGGGGACGAUGCCGCCUUCGCCAGCGAGUACUUCGUUGGCGCCAACGACGGCGUGGGUGCGUGGAGCGCCCGGCCGAGGGGCCAUGCCGGGCUGUGGGCGAGACUGAUCCUACAUUUCUGGGCGAUGGCAAUGAGUGAAGACGCGUCGCGACCACGAGGACCGAGCGAUCCCCCCUACCAGCCGGACCCUGUGGCGUACCUGGAGAAGGCUUACGAACAGACGAAAGAAGCGACGUCAGGGCCCGACUGGCAGGGAACUACGACAGCCACAGGAGCACAGCUGUUCUACAAGGCGGUAGAAGAUGCGGAGCCGGGGAAGCCCGUAGCAACGGGCGAGAGCAGCAAGACCGCGCCGGUGCUGUACGUGACAAACCUAGGCGACUCGCAGGUGAUGGUGGUGCGGCCGAGCUCGGGGGAGCUGGUGUUCAAGACCAAGGAGCAGUGGCACUGGUUCGACUGCCCGCGGCAGCUGGGGACCAACAGCCCGGACACGCCGGUGCAGAACGCAGUGCUGGACCAGGUACCGAUCGAGGAGGGGGAUGUGGUCCUGGCGAUGUCGGAUGGGGUGAUUGAUAACCUGUGGUCGCACGAGAUCGUGGAGAACGUGAGUAACAGUGUCAAGAGGUGGGCGGCAGGGGAUGUGGGGAGGAGGACAAGGAGCAGCGACAACCCCGGCGGGAGUGGAUCCAUGGCAUUUGUGGCCGAGGAGCUGAUGCUGGCUGCCAAGACGAUCGCGCUGGACCCCUUCGCGGAGAGCCCGUUCAUGGAACACGCGAUCGACGAGGGCCUGCCGAGUGAGGGAGGCAAGCUGGAUGAUAUCACUGUUGUGGCAGCGCUGUGCACGCGAAAUGAUGAUGCGUGA